ACAGAGAGCGAGAGAAAAAAAGUUUAGCCAACCGAGCCAAGGAACGACCAGAACCGAAGGACACACACACUUUCUCUCUCUCGCCCCCCGCUCUCUUUCUCUCAUUCCUCUGUUCCUACGUCCCCUUGGUCCUCCUCGCAAUCGUACUUCACCUCCCUCGCCAGCUUCCUUCAUUCUUCCCGGUCACAGAACAGAGACGUACACAAUUCAAUGAUAUCUGCAGUCCAGGGAUUCGUCAGUAGGCACCGCCGCGGUCUGGCUGUAACCGCCGGAGUGACAGGCGGCAUCUACUUGAUGGGCAAGUACGCCAAGAACAAACUGAUCGAGUUCCAGGAGAAGGGUGCCGCCGACCGGACCGCCAAGGAAAACAUGAAGCGUCGGUUCGAGCAGAACCAGCAGGAUUGCGUCUUCACAGUGCUCUCGCUCCUCCCUACACUUGGCGAUCAGCUGCUUCAUGAGCUCAAUGUUGAACUGAUCACCGUCAAAUUGCAACAGACCAGGUCCCAGCGUUCGACCCCCAUGCCCACACCAGACAGCUCCAUGAUCUUGCCACCCAAACCUGCAGAAGGUGAAGCAGUAGCGACAGCGACAACUACCGCGACUACGACAACAGCUGAAGCAAUCGCCAAUGGCGAUGAGAACAGCGAGACACCAAAGACCGAGGCCGCAGAGGAGCUGAGGCAGACGGAAGAGGCUACGGAAAAGAAGAACGAACAAGAGUCAGGAAAAGAAAAUCCUGAUUCACAGCAUGAAUCGGAAGAGCAGUCCAAGGUCAACGGCGGUACAACAGAGGCUGACAACACCGUCUCCGAGACCGUCGCAAAGAAGGCUUCUGAUGAGGGAAUAACUGCCAACGGAUCAGCACCCGAGAUCCAAACACAACCCGAGGAGAAGGAUUCCGCCCCAACAGCAGCCACAGCCGAAGAAACCUCAACGGACCUUCCAUCAGCAGCACCAGCACCAGCGCCAGUAUUGAUCAAGGACGAGGUCCAGGCAGCCAUGGAUCGCCGCACCAAGCUGGAACUCUGGAACGAGCUCAAGAUCAUGUCGUUCACUCGCACCGUCACCGCGCUCUACUCGCUCACAUUCUUGACACUGCUCACUCAGGUUCAACUCAACCUGUUGGGCCGAUUCACAUAUGUGUCUUCGGUGGUGGCGCUCUCCAAUACUACGGACGCAUCCUACCGCAUGGAAUCGCCCUCGACCAAGGGAUCGCUGACCUCGACAAACGGAUUGUUGGACUUUCAAACUGAGAAGAAGUAUCUGACGUUCAGUUACUGGCUCCUGCACGAGGGAUGGCGCCGAUGGAGCGAGAAGGUCCGAAUGGUUAUUGAGGAUGUCGUUGGAAGCAUUUCGCUGAAGAGGACGUUCAAUGCCAAGGAGUUUUCAGAUCUAUUGGGCGAAAUCCGCGCCCGACUCGAGUACACCGAGGAAGAUGGCAAGCGUGUCCCUGUUAGCAUGCGUGAAUACAUGCUGCCUGACGACCCCACAGAGGAACGUGAGGUGCUCAGGGCAGGUGGUGUGGAUGAAUUCGACCUGGUUGUGGACCCGGUACUUCGUAAUCUGCUGGACGAGACACGGGAUUUCAUCGACAGCGCCGACUUUGCAACCGUCCUCGCCUCGACCGCGUCCACGACGUUUGCACGGUUCAAUCUGGCACUCCAGCCGACGUUCAACCCUUUCCUGCUAUCUCCACCAAGGAUGACGAGUGGGAUCGAGGAGAUUGAGGACGAGGAGGAUGUCGAUCGGGCGGUACCGCUGGCCACGCUGUUGCCGUUGAUCGCGCGGCAGGUGCAUUUGAUCAUCAAUGGGGUCCCGAACGAGUAUGUCGAGAGUUUGGCGAUGGUCAAGGAGCUGCAGGCGUUCUCGGCGAUUGUUUAUUCGUCGUUUAGCGAACAGCUUGUGAACAGCUAGAGGAGAAUGUGGGGGGUGAUGGGACGAUGAAUAAAUAAAAAGAAUGCGCCACCAAUUUAG